AUGGAUAAAGAGCAACGUCAAGCUAUCGUCGAUCAUUGGGAUACACUAGCCGAAUCGAUGCCCAGUAAUCAUAUGACAAAUAGUCUAAUUGCAAAAAGAAUACUCUCGCCGACUGAUUUACAGGGAAUUAAUGCCAAAGAAACUGAAAACGAAAAGAAUACUACCAUUUUGAAUAAAAUUUUAGCCUCAGUAUCGCCUGAUUGCUAUGCCAUCUUUAUUGAUGCUUUGAGACAGAUUCCUAAUAAGAACAGCCGAUUAGCAGACAUGAUUGAAAGCCGUUUUAAGGAACAAGCUUCCGCUGAUUAUAGAAGCGACGCUAGUAAAUCGAACAAUUUAUCAAGCGCUCGUAAACGACAAACAGUAGAAUCUGAAACUAGUCGACAGGAAGGAACAGCAAUGCAAAACGAUAUGGAUCCAAUACGAGAUGGUCGAAAACCGAAAAACUCUGAAGAUAUUAAAAAAGACACAGGGGUUGAUUCUGAAGACACUCGAAAAGACACAGGCGGGAUAUUUUACGAAUUAAAGCAAUAUUUGAAAAGGGUUGUUCUUUAUUUUGUUCUACCAUUUAUAAUAUUAGUUAACCUAAUUUAUCUCUAUUUACGUUACAAGUGGUAA